GUUUUUUAGUCGUCCUUCUACUAGUGGACUAUAUCGGCAGGAAGAAAAGCAUGGCACUGUGUUUCCUCAUGUUUUCCUUGUGUAUUCUACCGUUAUACGCUUGCAUUGGGAGGAUAGCCCUUACCAUCUUCAUCUUCAUUGCCAGAGCCUUCAUCUCUGGUGGAUACCAAGUUGUUUUUGUUUACACACCAGAAGUGUUCCCUACAGAAAACAGAGCUUUAGCAAUGGGAACGUCAAGUGCCAUGGCCAGGUUGGGUGCCCUGAUUACACCCUUUGUGGCACAG